CUAGGGUGAGGGGCCACCGCGCAAAAUUACCCCCUUGCUCCAACCUCAAAGCCCUCCACCGUCACGGACCGCCCCUGGCAACGAAGACGACGAACCAAUCCAUCCAAUCCCUAGGAAACAAGGAGGUGAAGGAACACCAGACCGGCCUCCUCUCGACGCGCCUCCGCCCCCGCCCCCGCCGACCACCGCGAGGGUUUACUGUCGUUGGCUGAAUCGAGAGCUCGCGCGUACGUGCUAAUCGCUAAUCCGCGGAGCGGCGGUCGUUGUGUCGUUGAUUCGCCAUGGGGAGCAAGGGGCGCAUGCCUCCUCCUUACCACCACCGGCCGCUCCCAGGUCCCGGCUCUGGUCCGCCGCAUGGCAUGAUGCACCGUGAUCCGUACGGCCCGGGCAUGCACCAACAGCCAGGACCGGGGCCAUACCCCUACGAUAUGUUGCCGCCGCCUGAGAUCCUGGAGCAGAAGCUCGCGGCGCAGUGUGGAGAGAUACAGAAGCUGGCGCUGGAGAACGAACGGCUCGCCGCGAGCCAUGCAUCUCUGAGGAAAGAGCUCGCUGCCGCGCAGCAGGAGCUGCAGAGGAUACAAGCGCAGGGGGAGGCUGCGAAGGUCGCCGAGGAGCAGGAGAUGAGGGGGCUCCUUGAUAAGGCUGCCAAGAUGGAGGCCGAUCUGAAGUCGUACGAGUCUGUCAAGGCGGACCUGCAGCAGGCGCACGCCGAGGCGCAGAACCUGGCGGCGGCAAGGCAGCAUUUGUUGGCGGAUGCGCAGAAGCUGAACAAAGACCUGCAGAGGAACUUUGGCGAGGCACAGCAGCUGCCAGUACUCAAGGCUGAUCUUGAUGCUGCUAGACAGGAAUAUCAGCACCUCAGGGCCGCAUAUGAGUAUGAAAGGAAACUGAAGAUGGACCACUCCGAGUCGCUGCAGGGAAUGAAGAAAAAUUAUGACUCCAUGGUUACAGAGUUAGAGAAGCUUCGUGCUGAGUUGACAAACACAACUAAUAUUGACAGAAGUGGUACUUUGUACAAUCCUAAUUUUGCUCAGAAGGAUGGUGGUACAUCUAGCCACCAUUCUGCUUAUGAUGGUGGCUAUGGGGUUGCACAGGCUAGGACGCCCCCUGGUAUGCCAGACCCUUUAAGCGGAAGCCCAGCUGGAACUGCUCCUCGUUCUGGAUAUGAUCCAUCAAGAGGGAAUUCAUAUGAGACUUCUCGUCUUGCUAGAGUCCAUGAUGCAUCAAGGGGUGCUACUGGCUACGACUCUCUGAAAGUUGCUGGAUAUGAUACUUCUAGAAUGCCUGCACUUGGAGCUCAGGCAGCGGCUCCAACUGCUCAUGGGAGUAGUGCUGGUUACUAUGGAUCAAGUCAGGUCACACCACCUUCGCAUGCACGGGCACCAGGUGCACCCACCUAUGGAUCUGCACAGGUGCCACCAUCAUAUGCUUCUGGGCCAGUCCCAUCUUCAUCAUACGGCGCAACAACAGCUCAGGGACUACCAUCAUAUGGACAAAUACAGGCUCCAUCUUAUGCACACACACAGAUGCCACCAUCCUAUGGACUAGCACAGGCAUCAUCACAUUUUGCCCCAACCCAGGGGGGGUCACCGUACGGGUUGUCUGCACAGCCUCAGGGCUAUGGAUCCGCGCAAGCAGCACCUAACAUCGGUGGUGCUUAUCAAGCUCCACAUGGACGCAGAUAAAUUGGUGAUAACCGUACUUUGUUGUGAUCUAGUUGGCGCGAGAGACAUGGCGCUGCUUCCUUGUUUACCAGAGUCAAAUUUAGUUUCUGCAGCUACCACGGUACCAAACUGCUGUUUUAUCGGUCUGAUACAAAUCUUUCUUGCAAUCUGUAAGAGAUUAUAUGUGCAAACAUAUUUGUUUCUGAGAUGGCGAUGAUUUCCAUAAAUUUGUGUUGUGAUGGUUUUAAAGCAUUUUCUAUGAGAUGGUGAUGUCUUGAGGUUAGGCAAGAAGUAACAAUACUGUAAAUUUCAGCUAGUUGUAUACUGUUUAUUUUGCACUUUAGUUACCAGGUGAUAUUCA